AUGACAACAAUACGACCUUCGAAUAGUUCAUCGUUCCCCGACAAAAUGGUCAAUCCCGUUUUUCCUCCAAUGUCUCACUCAAUUGGAAAUGGAAUUAGGCCUCCAACCUUUCCACCAAAUGUUACUCCUUCAAAUUCUUCUCAAGUAAAUGCUUCAAUCUUUCCGCCAAUGAUGCAUACUUCAAACAUCAAUCCUACGCAAACACCAGCACUAGCUAAUGUUCUAAAUACAAAAAUCAAUCCAGCUGUAUCACUACCUACUCCCUAUAAUCCAACACUACAACCACCUCAUCUCUUCAGUUCAAACGCAACUUCUACUCCACCAUUAUCAAACGUAUACAGUACAACUAUGAACUCAACUCCAUUAGCAUAUGUUGGUAACACAAAUGUGAACUCUUCUGCACCCCCAUUAAACACUUAUAAUACGAGUCAAAUUUCGUCUUUACCAACUCUACCCAACAUCUAUAGUCCAGUUUCGAAUCAUCCAGCAAUUCGUCCAAUGUAUCCUACAUCCUCAUAUCUUCCUUAUCCUCAAGUAUCACAACAACAAAGUCAAGCGCCAUCAGCUUCGUAUCCCAAUCCACAGUAUAAUUUUAAUUCGAAUUCUGCCGCUGCUGGACAUCCAGGACAAUCAAUGCCUUAUGGAAUAGGUGGAAACGCAGUUGGUACAACUAAUCAACAAACUAAUAAUAAUCUCAAUGCUCCUCUCUCUAAUAAUGAUAUGGUCGAUUUAUUGAAAGAAAAAAGUGUAAUCAAUCCAUUUGCUGAAGAACCACCAAUGUCACCAUUCUUAAGUGAAGAAAAUCAACAAAUGAACUGUAGCCCAGAAGUCAUGCGAUGUAGUUUAAAUGUUAUUCCACAAACAAAAGAAUUAUUGAAUAAGAGUCGCCUUCCGCUCGGUAUUCUUAUUCAUCCAUUCAAAGAUCUUGAAAGUUUAAAUGUUAUUCAAGGAACAAAAAUAGUUCGAUGUGAUUCCUGUAAAAGUUAUAUCAAUCCAUUUAUCACAUUUCUUGAUAAUACACGAUGGCGUUGUAGUAUUUGUUAUCGUGUCAAUGAUUUACCACAAGAAUUUCUAUUUGAUCCUGUAACAAAAACUUAUGGCGAUCCAAGUCGUCGACCUGAAGUUCGAUUUGGAACUGUUGAAUACACUGCAACUGCUGAUUACAUGGCAAGACCACCUCAACCAGCUAUGUAUUUAUUUUUACUUGAUGUAUCUCAUAAUGCUAUUCAAACAGGUUAUCUCCAAUCAUUUUGUGAUAUAUUAUCAGAAUGUUUAAAUGGUUUACCAGGUGAUGCUCGUACAAAAAUAGGUUUCAUAACGUAUGAUAGUCGAAUACAUUAUUAUGACUUAUCGGAUCGACAAAAUGGAUUAUUUCGUGUCAUAAUUGCUCCUGAUCUUGAUAGUAAACCAGAAGAUUUCCUUCCUAUGCCUGAUGGUUUAAUGGUAACAUUAUGUGAAUGUCGCUUGAUUGUUGAAACAUUUCUUAAUGAAUUGCCGAAAAUUUAUCAAGAUAACAAUGAAACAGAUUCAGCAUUAGGUGCAGCUUUACAAAUAGCAGGAAAGCUGCUUGAUCAAACGGGUGGUCGUAUAACAGUUGUUCAAACAAGAAUACCAAAUGUAAAUCCAGGUGCUUUGCAUGAACUUAUUAGCACGGGAGGGCAUGCAACGAAGGAACCGACAAUUAUCGGACCAACAUCUGACUAUUAUAAGAAACUUUCACUUGACUAUGCAUCAGUACAAAUAGCCUGCGAUUUGUUUCUUUUAAAUAGUCAUCAUAUUGAUUUAGCAACAUUGAGUUGUAUUGCAAAGUAUUCAGGUGGUGAAGUCAAAUACUAUCCAGGCUUUCAUUCGGUCCAGAAACCACAUGAAGUGGAACGUUUUGAAAAUGAUUUUAGGAGAUAUUUACAAAGAAAAAUUGGGUUUGAAGCUGUCAUGCGUUUACGGUCACCACCAGCAAUGGCAAUUCAGACAUUUCAUGGCAAUGGUUUUGUUCGUUCCGUUGAUUUACUUGUUCUACCGAAUGUAAAUCCUGAUGCAGCAUUUGGCAUGCAAGUAACAAUCGAAGAUUCUUUAGCUCAUUACACGUCUGUAACAUUUCAAGCAGCGUUACUCUAUACAUCAAGCAAAAGUGAACGACGUAUUCGAGUGCAUACACUUUCGUUACCAGUAAGUUCGAAUCUUACUGAAAUAUGUUCAAAUGCUGAUCAAGAAGCGAUUAUUUCAAUCAUUGCUAAAAUGGCUGCCGAUCGAUCAAUGACAUCGUCGAUACAAGAAGCUCGUGAUGCAAUGUCGAAUGUUGCAUGUGAUAUUCUUAAAGCAUGUUUAUCAAAUAAUCUAUCGAAUCGAGCAUUUUCAUUAUUGGUACCCUAUUCUUUACGGUUGAUACCAUUAUAUAUGUUAAGCAUGAUUAAAUCGACGGCAUUUCGAGCGGGUGGUGCACCAAAAGUCGAUGAUAGAGCAUAUUAUUUAGAUUUAUGUAAAACAUUACCUACACAGUAUUUAAUACAAAUAUUAUAUCCUGAUCUUUAUCCAAUACAUACAAUCGAAGAUAAGAGCCAAAUUAUUCAAGACGGAGAAGAUGAAUUACAUAUUCCUCAACGUGUUCAUUUAUCAUAUCAAAACAUAGAUUCACAUGGUGCUUAUAUAUUGGAUUCAAGUGAACAUAUCUAUGUUUAUAUUGGUAAAGCUAUAAGUGAUCAUUUUGUUCAAAAUGUUUUUAAUGUCGAAACAUUUUCUGCUUUGCCGCUUGAUUCAUAUUCCCUACCUGAAUUAGAAAAUCCGCUAUCAAUGAAAAUCCAUAAUUUUCUAUCGUAUCUUAUACAAAGUCGACCGCAUGGUGUUGCAAUACAUAUUAUGAGAGAGGAUUCAUCCAAUCGGCAGUUAUUUACUCGUCAUUUAAUUGACGAUAAAUCUGAAUCGACGAUGUCUUAUGUUGAAUUUUUACGUUAUAUUCGAGAACAGAUUGUUAAAUAA